CAAAAACAGCUGAUUACAUGAGUUUUUAUGUUCCUUGUAACAUUUGUUGAUUUCGACGCAGGAAAUUUUGAUAUUUUUUUCUCUCUAGUUUCAAUGGAUUCCGUUAAAGUAGACAUUGAAUAUUGUGAGAUUUGCAAUUCAAAGCAGCAAUGUGAAGAUUUGAGCAAAAUAAUUCAGCAAAUGUGUCCGAAGGUCGAAGUUGUUUGUCACACCGGCAGACGAGGUUCGUUUGAAGUGCAAAUCAACAACGAAUUGGUGCAUUCAAAACUGGCUAGCUUGGCAUUUCCUGAAUACGGCGACGUUGUAAAAAAUGUGAAGUUAGCGGCUGAAGGUAAACCGGUGUCGAAAGUGAAAGAACAACCAAUUACCGAUUGCGUUAUUCAAUAAAAAACCAACAACCACACACACACACACACCGAUCGAUCAAUGUGCGAAAGACUGAUUAGAUUAAAUUAGAACGAUAAUAUUGUAUUUAUUCACACCACUCAGACACAUACAAAAAUCUAAAUAAAAUCGUGAACAUCA